AGCAUUUGACAUUGUGCUUGGCUAUGAGAAAGCAAAAAGCAGAGACUGAUUUAAGCCAGCGGCACCAUGGGAUUUGCGGAAAGCCUAGAACCCAGAGUGUUCUUAAAUGCCCACCCUCCACCAUAUUGUUCAUCCUUCUAGUCUCAGUGUAAAGGGGACAGCGUAGCAUGUGGCUUGUCCUUAUUCUUGAACUAAGUGUAUGCGCGUGUGCAUGUGAGAGUGUGUGACUCGAUGGGUGGGGGCGGGGGGAGCUGAGUAGCUGCAUAUUGCAACAAGAUUGACCCAUUUGAAUCCUGGAUGCUCCUUUUACCGAUUCUAAGCCUGUUUUUGUAAUUACGCCAAUGGUGGCUUUCUCGUUCUUCCAUCCCUCAUGUCUAUCCUACGACUCACAGGAGUGAGAGACACACACAUAUACGCACCAGGACACGCGGCACACACACACACCGCAAGCCACUCGCCUGCAGACGGCCACACACACGGACUGCGCUGAGGAGUCCAUGAAGUGCAUAGCGGGAAAAAAUCAAACCGUCAUGCCAACCAAGUGUCACGCAAGGACGAGGGAAAAGUUUCCUGGAAAGAAAAAGGUUAACAACUUCUCAAAUUAGUGAUGCAUCCGAAAUGCAUCAAAGCCCGCUGUUUCCUUUAAUUCCAUAAGUGUGAAUAAUUGUUGUGGCAGCUCGGAUAAAGGCAAUCGACCUUGGAUAAUCAAACGCCGCCAGAUUCACUUCAAUAAGAGAAAACACCUGCUAAGUCUUGCUGGACAAACGCGCAGUGUUUUUGUUCUUCAACACGAAUGCAGUCCAUUUUUCUUCACGCUUUUUUAUUGAUGAUGGUGUAACAGGCGGAUUUAUUGCGCCACGGAGACAAAACCCAAUUUUGAAAUAAAUCGAGGCAUAUUUCGGUGUCACCUUCCUUUUUCUUGGCUUUUUUUAAGGAAGUGCGAUGCUGUGAAGAGAUGGUCUUUUGGUUUACCACCAGCAGAGUUGCGGGUUUGAGUACAUGCGUCUGGACGUCUGCGACCAUACGAGCGACGCGGUUCAGCUGAGACGCCUUUACGCUUCCUUUCCAAAAAAUAUAUUUGAUUAUUUUAUUUUUUAGGGGGGAAAUGCGAGCGUAUUAGCUCGGUUCGGUCCAUUUCUUCGAUCACUCCUCGGCACUGGGCGCUUGGCGAGGAGAGAUGUGAAGGGCUUUAAAGUAUGGCAUGCAAACAUGGUUUCUGCCAAGAAGGCGACGGUGAUCGCGAUGUCCCCGAGUUGCAUCUCCACUCUCUUUUACUUUCUCUGCGCAAUUGCGUGUGUGAGGAGAAUCUCCUGCCAGAUAAAAAAGGAUGAGAGAUUAUACCCGGAGAAUUUCACACGCAUUUUAGACCGACUUCUGGAUGGUUAUGACAACAGGCUGCGACCCGGAUUUGGGGGCCCAGUGACAGAGGUAAAAACUGACAUUUAUGUGACAAGCUUUGGUCCUGUGUCCGAUGUUGAAAUGGAAUACACGAUGGACGUUUUCUUUCGCCAGACAUGGGUGGACAGGCGACUUAGAUACGAUGGCCCUGUCGAGAUUCUCCGCCUGAACAACCUGAUGGUCACCAAGGUGUGGACCCCUGACACCUUUUUCAGGAACGGGAAGAGAUCUGUGGCCCACAACAUGACUGCACCCAACAAACUGUUCCGUAUCAUGAGGAACGGCACCAUUCUGUACACCAUGAGACUGACCAUCAGCGCAGAGUGCCCCAUGAGACUGGUGGACUUCCCCAUGGAUGGACACGCCUGCCCCCUUAAGUUUGGAAGCUAUGCAUACCCAAAAACAGAGAUGAUCUACACUUGGACAAAAGGACCGCAGCAUUCAGUGGAGGUUCCCCCGGAGUCGUCCAGCCUGGUGCAGUACGACCUGAUUGGACAGACGGUGUCCAGUGAAACAGUGAAAUCGAUAACAGGUGAAUACGUGGUGAUGACCGUGUACUUCCACCUGAAGCGGAAAAUGGGCUAUUUCAUGAUCCAGACAUACAUCCCCUGCAUCAUGACAGUAAUCCUCUCACAAGUGUCCUUCUGGAUAAACAAAGAAUCCGUCCCUGCCAGAACCGUCUUUGGGAUCACGACCGUGCUGACCAUGACCACGCUCAGCAUCAGCGCCCGCCACUCCCUGCCCAAGGUCUCCUACGCCACCGCCAUGGACUGGUUCAUCGCCGUCUGCUUUGCCUUCGUCUUCUCCGCCCUCAUCGAGUUCGCCGCCGUCAACUACUUCACCAACGCGGAAGCGGAGAGGACAAAAAAGAAACCAGCCAAGUGUCCCCCGGCACCCAAAUCCGUGUCGGCGAAGGUCCCCGAUACGGAGGAGGUGCUGCUGCAGCAGAAUCCAGACACGAACGGAAACCUGCGCAAACGAAUGAACUUCGUGACCCAGACGUGCGUGAACAGCAGCCCGAGAACUGACCCCGGCGGCGGGAAUUCGGGGGGGAGCACCAGCUCCUCGGGGGUGGGACAGGCGUCACUGGGAACCACGACGGCCGCGGCGUCCGCCGUGCCUCCCGCCAGCCUAUCACACACCAGCCCCAACCCUUUCAGCCAAUCCACCCUGACCGCCAAGAACACGCCGCCGGCCCCGCCCUCUACGCCCACGCUCAUUGGCUGUGCCGCCACCAACGUUUAUGUGAGCUCCUCCUCCCUCCAGACCCUGCUGGGGCCCAAGCUUGAGCACAUCCAGACGACAGGAAGCAAAGUGGACCUAAUACAGGCCGUACCCCCACCUGCAUCAGGAUCCAGUGGAACCAGCAAAAUUGACAAGUAUGCACGCAUUCUUUUCCCAGUGUCCUUUGGGGCUUUUAACAUGGUCUACUGGGUGGUCUACCUAUCAAAGGACACUAUGGAGUCCAGAAAUGGCUAGUCUUUACCUGGCACCCAUGCCGUUUAUUUUUUUCUAUUACAUAAUGCAAACUUUAAAACAAGAAGUCUAAUUUCAAGUGGCUUACGUAUUCUAGUUUGUGAGUACUAUUAGACAUUUCUCAACAUUGAAAGUAAAGAAUGCUUAAAAAAAUAGAUGAACCAAAAAAAGACCUACAACAUCCAUUCAUAUGUUGUCAAAAUGUCAUUGAAAAUGAGCAUGUAAAAGAAAAUAAUUCCCGAGACUGGAAUUGUAUUAAUUACUGUAGGCUCUAUGUUCUCAAUGGAUGUAGUUGGGUGUAAGUGUGAAAAUUUAAUCCAGCAAUAUUCCUUAAUAUUCCUUUUUCGGGUGUAAGGCAGGAUGGUUGGCAUUUUAAUAUGGGGAAAAACAUGCAGAAGUAUGUUAAUUUAGCAGAAAUGUAUUUCUAAGAAAAUAAACAUCAACUGAUAUGUAUUUAUACUGUAGGGAGGAUACAUUUCAUAUAACCCAAUAGAAAGUUACCUUUCAAGCAAAUUCAUGAGUGCUUUGUGUUGCAUUUUUCAUUUCAGUUUGCGAUAUACUUCUGAGAAUGUGCAACGAACACUUUUGAACAAAUUUUCCUAUGUUUGACGUGAUACUGUAUUCUUGACCUAUAUAAUGUUGUCCCAUUCCCUGUUUGAGGUCAUAAACCUCAUUUUUAAUUUUCAUAUUAAGGGCUUCGAUUAAGCAGCAUCAGUAAAGCAUAUCAAUACAGUCCAAAAUGCAUGUUCACUGAGCAACAAGUGAACGUGGGUGGUUUCCAUAUGACCUUGAGGGCCAUUUGCAUAGAAAAUUUGUGUCUCGCCUGGUUCGGUGGCUGGAAAUGGACCUCGGAGAAAGAGAACGCAUCUCCUCAGCAUCAGAGCCUUUUUCUGGGUUUUGACCUGCUUGUACCAGCUUGUUCGAAGGUCGUGAUUGGACCUCACGAUGUAAACUCAAUCACGGUGAAGAAGAACGGCUCCAUACUCCUUUAGAGUGUCUUACUCAUAUCUUUCCACUCCACCAGCUCAGCACUAGAUAGCUAAACCCUAUAACCAGACAUACACUUGCAGUGACGAUAAUUAAUUGGUAAGAUUUAUAAUUCAGAAAGUUGCAUGGACUAGUCACGUCCCAUUGAUAGGAUGUAGUACAAUGGCCACCAAUAUACGUUCUGGCCUUGACCAAGUACUAAGUAUUCUUUAUGGGCGGGGGGUGUAAUGGUGUUUAACCCUGGUUAGUAGUUACUAAGACCUGCUGGCUAGCUUCUGAGGUAUCUGUAGGUAGGAUGAGUGAUUCCAAAAUUAUGGUUUGUACUGGGGAAAAAAAUCCAUGUGUUUUGCUCUUUUCUUUUAAAUGGAACUUCUCACUAUGAGAAGUUAUUACGCUCCACGUGACCCAAGUACAGAACAGUGUAAAAUCCUCAAUUAAACAAAUACUCAUGCCGGUCGUCAAAAUGCGUAAAAAUAGCGUGAAACAUUUGAUAUGCUAACAGUCAAAUAUGCCAUUCUGAGGCAAAUACACUUGGAAAAUAAUGUUAGCUGAUGCCACUGCAGUAGUCGCUAAUUAGCUAGCUAGAAGAAGAGUUAUCCAGAAUUGCCAUUGAGAUGUUUUUAUAGCCCCCGCAUCAGCUAUAUUAGGGCCUAAAGAGGACGGUCUGGGGGGGGGGGUAAUGGGUGGUGGAAUAGAUGGGCUUAAGCAGUCACUGGGUCAGGCGGUCAGAAAGUCAGCGGGGGCAUUUGUCUGUUUCGGGUAGCUGGCUCUUCAUGGGGUAACCAAGUGUUUCUGAAUCCAUGCGUGCGUGAAAUUGCUUUUUCCAUUUCCGCACCCUCUCAUACCUUGUCCCACUAUUAGAGGACAUUAAGCCAUUUCUGCUCUUGUAGCUGUUUUAGAUGGACUAUACCUUAUGGACUAUAGUCUUGGUAGUACCACCCAUGCAUGGGGGCACAGAAGUAAUGACUGACUUCAGAGCCAGUGAACCCUCAGAGAUGAUGUAUUUUCAUAACUCGUUCAACCAAUACUAACAUCCCUGUUCAUUAAGCACCGGUCCUAAUGUCAUUCAGGCUGUUCAUCCAGUUACUGAUGGCUUUGUGCUUUUCAUAUAAUGCUAGCGUAUCUCAGCAUUCCCUUUUAAAGCUAAUGCUAACGUUUCUGUGGUUGUUCAUCCAGUACUAAUGUUGAUCAGGCUGUUAUUUAAGUGCCGGGGCUAAUGUGCAUCCAGCUGUUUGUCCUGAAUUAGCACCUUCAUGCUAUAGGUCUAACACUAACUUCCCUCUAGCUAAGAUCUAGCAUUAGAUCUGGCUCAGAUCUAAUGCUAACAUGCUAACAUUCCUCAGGCUGCUCAUUCAAUACUAAUGGCUUCACGCUGUUCAUAUAAUGCUCCCUAACUUUGGUAAGUUGUUUCAGGAUUUUCAUUUGCAGCUAAUGCUAACAUUUCUCUGGCUCAUCAUCCGGUAUUAACGUCAAUCGGGCUGUUAUUUAUGCACCAGUGCUAAUGUCACUUGAGCCACUCAUCGCUUAUCAAGUUCCACACGCGAUACAUGUAACAGCAGCUUCUUUCAAAGCUUAUGCUAACAUUCCUCAGGCUGUUCAUCCAGUACUAAUGUCCUUAGGCUGUUCAUUAAGCCCUAGCGCUAAUGUCACAUGGGCUAUUCAUCUGACAUUCAAGCCCUUAUGUUGUCCAUUUAACGCUAACUUUCCUCGGGCUGUUCAUGCAACCCUAACAUAAUGCAGGAUCCAUCCAGCAUUAAUUCUAACAUCCCUCACACUGUUCAUCCACACAGUUACAUUGCAAUGCUGUAUUAGCCUUUUAGCAGAGUGUUAGUCAGCAGGUCUUCUAUUGUAAGCCCAGUGGUCUUUUUUCUCCAUAAGGUUCUCAUUAGAAUGUGUUAGUCCCACACAGUCUUAUGUAACACGUUUCAGAAACGGUAACACAAUCUAUACAAGACACAGGCAGAAAAAUCUUUGACCCGUCUAAAUGUUUGACUCACACAUACAAGGGAAAGUAACGGACUGAUGACUUUUCUCUCCGACAGCUGUUAAUCUGUCUUAAUGUAGAAUUCUUUGGAUCAUCCGGAUGGAUUCUUUCUCCUUUGAAGUAACAUCAUCGAGAGAAUGUUUUCUGACCAAGCGGGUUUUCUAUAAAGGUGUCAAGGAGAUUGUUGCCCAAGUCAAUAAUGAAAAAGGUAAUAGACACAUUUGUCAUCUGACAGGUUCUCACUUUUCAUCUUUGCAAUCUAAUAAGUAAAGAAAAAAAUUUUCUUUGUCUGCGCUGUUCCUUUGGUCAUUUUUUAGGGUUGUUAUUUUGUUUGGUUUUUAAAGCAAACGGCUCGGUUUUUUUUUCUAGCACAUGAUGAGAGAACAUGUCAAACGAUAUUUAUUUAAUUGUUCAACUCAACAGAUGUUUGUUUGUUUUUGUUUGAUGGAGCUCGUACAUGAAGUUCAGGUAAUAAAACUUUCUGCUAACCACUCGUUGCUCCCUCUACCGCUGUGAGGAGACCGUACUGAUGGUUUCUACAGAACUUGUGUUACAUUUUAAGCACAGAGGAUGAGGGAGUUGUUCAAGAUCCGACUGUCCUGAUGCCGCACAGACAAAUAUUUGUCCUUCUCGCUUGCACGUUCAGCAUCUAUCUUCUCUUGGGCUGGCCCAAGGUCAUGCGGCAGGGAUGCAAGAGGGUGUUGCCUGGAAGGAGAAUGUGAGAAGCCUUCAGACCUUCUCCUUUGUACAUAAUUAGCAAUGACUGAAAGUCUCUGUAAGAAACGUUGACAUUUAGUGUUUUGUAGUUAAAUGAAGGAACACGAAAGACUGCCCUAUGCAAGACAGCCUCCUUGGGGUCAUUGUGAAUAGGAGCCGGUACCUCCGGUGGGUUUUUAACGGUGAACACAACCAAAUAAAGGACUGGAGUUGUAACAAAUGUACACUCGUCUGUUAUUUAGACCAAUUAUCAUUACAUUAAUUUAUCAUUACCAUUUGCAUAUGCUGGUCUUAUAUUCAAUUUUUCAGCAAGCAAUAUACUGUAUAUCCAGCAUAAUUUGUAACUUACCAUCGUCAUUAAGACCAGACAUUCUAUCAUCUUUACUUUUUAAGAUGCCACUGACAGCCAGGAGAUCUAUCAGAAAUUAAUCUGACAUGAGUGGCCAUUCUCUAAAUGCAAUCGAACAAACCUUCACGAAUAGCUUAGCAAAGUUUACGUAGGUAAGAAAGAAAUAUUGAUAAACUACAAAUAUCAAAACCAGCAAUGGCUGAGUGUGGAUGUCUAUAGGUGCAUAAUCUGCUGCUUUUGAUUGGUUUAUCAUCAAAAUGUCUGUCACCAUACAGACUUGUUAUCUUACUAAAAAGUAAUCCAUGGAUGGAUUGUACUUCAGUUAUAAAAGGUAAUGCACAAUUUUUAGUAAUACGAAAACUACUACCAUGCUAAUGCAAAGAGUAGGUUUGCAUGAUUUCUGUAAAAUACAGUUGUAAAGAUAUACUAGACCUUACUACUACUACUAAUUAUUAUUAUUAUUAUUAUUAUUAUUAUUAUUAUUAUGUAUGAUAACAUAGCAUGUAACAGUUUAAAAUAAAUAAAUGAUUAUUAUUAUCAUUGCAUAAUAAUUCCUAUAUAUUGACAAUAUAUUAUAUAUGAUGCCAUAAUUAAAUAAUACAUAUACUAUUAUUAUUGUUGUUAUUAUUAUUAUUAUUAUAUGUGAUGCUGUUACCACUGCUGCUACUAUUAAUAAUAAUCAUUAUAAUAAAACAGAAGAUCUAGAUAGAAAAUUUUAUGUUAUUUUUAGGUUAUUUGCUGCUGCAAUUUAACCCCAAAUAAUAGCAAAAGGUGUUUAAAAUAUUAAGACUAACACCAUCCAAGACUGAACAACAACUACUGUAGUGUCACACGAUAUGAAAACCUCUAACAACAUCAAAACAUUGACACUCACCAAUAACGCUUGCUCUGGAGUGACACUGUUGGAUCUAUUGAAACAGUUUAAUCUUUUGUUUGAUUUUUCAUUAUGUUUCAGAAUGAGUAAUUAUUCAAUGAAGCCUAGCUGGAGGCUGGCACUGUAUGAGCCAAAUCCAUGGGUAUUGUAUCAUCUCAGUAUCCUAUGUCCAUUUAAUUUGUGCGCUUCACAUCCCAUACAGCACAAAGUCUAUUUCUGGCAGCAAAUGCUAUGUGUGUAAAUACAUUGUAUGUGUGACUUUUAUAGUACAAUGCCCUAUAUCAGUGAAUAAAACUCCAAACUCUAUCUUCAAAA